UUUGACAAGAAGUCCCUUUAGAGACGCUCCACUCUCGUCUCCAAGAGGGAGGGCAUCUCUCCAUGGAAGACUUAAAUAGGGAUUCCUACAUGACGGCUGCAUCAUAUUGCAUAUUCCCCAUCAGGCGCUCUCCGAGUCUCCGGCUCCUUAAGACCAGCUCACCAAGAGAGCAAAGACAUGAAGGGACUGCAGAGGGGGACAGCCAUUCCCCUGACCUUAUUGCUCUCGGCUUCCUUGAUAUGUCUUUGCUGGAGUGCUCCUCAGGCUCACUUCCAAAGAAGAAAUUGGACACCUCAGGCCAUGCUCUAUUUAAAGGGUGCACAGGGCCGUCGGUUUAUCUCGGAGGAGAGCCAGAGGAAAGAUUUGUAUGACAGGUUGCAGCUAGAGACACGCAGCCAAAAUAUGAAUCCCCUCACGCUUUCUGAAGCAGCAGCAUUAUUUCUUUCCGCCCUACGAAAGGCAGCGCAAGAAGAAGGAGAUGAAGAAGAAGGCGAAGAGAAACCUGGAUAUGUUACUGAUGGUCUACUAAACUGGUGAAAGACUUUCAAGCUCAGAUGGGAAGGUCCAACGACAUGUACUUGAAAAGAUGUUUGAUGUGAGAAACGUUCCCCAUUCAUCUGUCCUGACUUCUCGCCUCAGCUUCCUAUCUGUAUCGUCUUCACCUGAAUCCCCCCACUAUGCCUCUGCUAAACAAUUAAAGGCCAUUUUCCAGCUUAGGAAUUUAUGGUUAACUUGCAUUUAUUAUAACUUUGAGCUUGCUUUUGCAAAUGUAGCUGGGGGAAAAAGAUACCAAUUCCUGCCUGUUUUAAGUAAUUUGUUCCCAAAGUGGCAGAAAUGAAAAAUCAUUACAAAAUAAAACUUUCAAAGAAGU